GGACUUUCGUAGCGGUUGGUUGAGGUGUGUUGUGCCUGCUUCGGCCGUACGUUUGUACGUGUGUAGCGAAAUCGAAAAUCGGUGCGUCGAGUUUGGUUGGUUUCGCUGAUGCUGGUGCAUCCUAACAGGUGUAGACAAGCAACCAUAGAUCCGGGGUUCACCGUUCAGCAAUUACAUGUAGAUGUAAAAGUGUUCAAAAGUGAAUUCUAACCCCUCGUGAAAAGGGGGCCCCUAGGGAGCUUUUGUUAGUGCAAGUGUGUAGUUUGUGAAUGUUUUCCGUGCAGUAGUCCUGUGUGCAGGUUGUUUGCAUAAGAAAAAAAUAAAUAAAUCGUUCCCAUUCCUCUCACACCCCGUGUGGCACUUCUUUCCCGAAAAAGUGUACGAAAAGUGAUGAAUGAAUGAAUGGCAAGUGUUUGCAAAGCGGUUUGAAGCAAUAGUGCUGUGCAUUUGAGAAUAAAUAAAAAAGGUGCAACAGAAGAGAGGGCUUUACGCGCUGCAGCCCGGAUGAUAACCGAAGAGUGUCGUCACCGGUAGGGGUUUCCGAGCAAAAAAAAAGAGAAGUGAAAAGUGUGAACCAAACGAAAGGUACAAAUUGCAGUUUCGCUUUUCCCGCUUCCCCUUCCGCCAAAGCGAAACGCGCGCGCGCGAGGAAAAAUGCCAAAAUCACGUGGAUUACGAAGCGGAAGCCUGGCGGCGACGACGACGACGCUGGCGACCAUGCUGCUCUGCUGUUCGGCCCUGCUGGUCACCGAGUCGGAAGGAUCGUCGGUGCGCAACCUUCGCAAGGCACGGGACAUGUCGGACGGAGCCAAUCCCGGCCCGGCCGACCACAGCUCGACCCUGUCCUGCGACCGGGAGAACAACUUUUUCUCCUCCAUCAAUGUAACAGUCAGCUCGACCGGCCAAGCAAGCCAACGAGGGUCGGUCUGUGGCGGUGUGUGCUGCGACGAGGAAACGGAGCGGCAGCUGCAGGAAAAGGCUACCAAAACCUUUGAACGGUUGGUCAAGCACCAUAUUCGCAGUCAACGGUCACACUGGGAGCAGGCCGCCAACCUGUACAGGGAUUACCUGCUCCAGCUAACGCGGCAAUCCGAGAACAAAACGCUCAUCCUGUUCUCGACCGUCUACAGCAAAAUGUCUCCUCUGUCUCGCGAACCGAUCCGUGAGCUGUACGAAACGAUCCGGCUCAGUCUGGUCGCCUCGGAGCGGUCACCACCGACGGGCGAGGACCUCGCGUUCGUCACGAGCAAAUUUUUCCGCAAUCUGUUCCCGGUCGCGUACCACCACGCGAUCCACUCCGACAUCCUGCACGGGUCGGAGCGGGGCGAACGGACCGGUUCCCCGGCCGAGGCCGGCAACCGGGACUUCCACAGCGACUACAAGAACUGCCUGGUGCACACGUACACGGAUCUGAAACCGUUCGGCAUGGUUCCGCAGCAGCUUGCCGGAUCGCUCGUGUCCACGGUAAAUGCGGCCAGCGUGCUGCUCCGGGCGCUCCGCGAGGGUGCCGAGGUGCUGCUGAAGCUCGAAGAGGUCGGCGUAUCCGCGCCGAGCUGUCGGAAGGCGCUGCUUCGCAUGAACUACUGUGGCAGCUGUAAGCGGUACAACCACUUGCACGCAAAGCCAUGCUCGGGUCUUUGCCAGAACGUGAUGAGGGGCUGCCUAAUCGAGUAUGUCGGCGCCCUCAACAAGGGCUGGUCGACUUUCACGGAAGCAAUCGUGCCGCUGAUCAGCAACGUCCGCUCGACGGUGGACGGCAUCGAGGCGGAGAUCAAAUCGCUCGACGCGAAGCUAUCAAACGCCAUCAUGCACGCGAUGGAAAUCGGACCACAACUAGAGAAACAGGUGGAGCAAGCAUGCGGCAAGGCCGCACUGAUGCCGUUCGAACUUGCAACCGACGGAUCCUUUGGCGAUGCGCCCCAAACGCUGGCCGGUGGCAUUAAGUGGAUGCUGGCGCCCAACAACGAGAUGCUCCAGUUCGAGAUGACCAUCGACAACAAUAAGGAUCUCUUCCUGCAGCUUUCCACCACGCUCUGCGAUAACGAGGAUUACCAUCCGACGGACGAAGACUGCUGGACGGGCAGCAGCUUGAGCGACUACACCCAGCAGAUCGUGACCGAGAUCGGCGAUCGGUACAAUCCGGAAGUGCGAUACAACGCCAGUGCGACCGUGUCGCCACACAUGCAAACGCUGGUCGAUCGAUUGAUCAAUCUGAAGACGGCCGUCAACAAAGCGUCCUUACCGAUCACCUUCCGGGGCGACGUCGACAAAAUGCAAUCCGACAUGGCGGAAGGGUCGGGCGACUCAUCCUAUGCCAGCGACGACGAAGAGGACGGUUUCAUGGGUUCCGGUUCAGGCGACGGUGUUUAUUCGAGAGCGUUCGAUGGAAUCUCGCCGGAAGUGGCCACACCCACCCUCAGCCCACCGAACUUCGCAAAACGAAUCUCAGCGCACUCCUGCUGGAGCUUGCUUGCCGUCUCCGCGGUCGUCCUAGCGCUACCACUCCUGCUGACGUCCGAUCGGUUCAGUAGGCACUGAACCAACCAAACCGCGUGGGUGGACAGAACGGGUUCCGUGUGUCGUCCGCUCUGUAAGGUUAGCACAAGGCCACGAACGUUCCGAGAUCGUUCUUUGUGGUGUGGUUUCGCACCUAACGUAACGUUGAUGAGGAGAAGACACAAAGCAAAACAAAAGGAAGCAGCAAAACCAUAAGGAUCGGACUUAACACAGCAACACGCCCCUCAUCAGCACGAAACCCACACACGUUCUCAUCUUGUACACAUCCUUCUUCCUCAAAACACUCAAGUCUAGGAUCUUUAAAGAAAAAUCGGUACGAAUGCGAUUAGUUCCCAAAGAGGAAAGAAACAUAGUCAACGCGCUUAGUAUUGUAUCAGGUGCAGCUAGCCAUCUAGCCAGGACCAAAGGGUCCUUGCAGUGGCAAGUGGUUGGUUGUUUAGAGUGCUCGCACUCAGCUCAAAACAGCUUGCGAUGGAAAUCGAAAUCCUUGGUUGCGCACAGGCAACACUUCUUAGAUAGUGAGAAAUUUCGAAACCCCUUUCUCGCUUUUGCUGCUUGCGACGAGACCAAUAACCAAUCUUCACAUUCGCGUCCGAUUUGCUCAACGCAAAUCCUGUUUUGCUGUAUGUUACGCGUUCGAGCAUGGAAGAAAUCAAUUCAUCUGCGAUUCACGUACACCACCCCCUAGCACAUAAGAAUUCGGGCGGCUCACGAGCUACUCUCAUAACGUCGUUCGACACAAAAUUUACCCCGCCAAUGGCCAUAAGAUCACGAUGUUUCUAACUUUAUCAUUAUUGCCCCCAUACUUACUUCCCUCCCCCAGGUUCGUUUGUGUCGGACAGUUUGUUCUAGCUGAAUGUUCGCUGCUCAGCAAAUUCUCAUGCGAAAGAUCAGUUCCCAACGAUCUCGCGAACGUGUGUAAGAUUUCAUUGGAGUCACCAAGGUUACGGUCGGGUGGUUGAAGGUUAGUUUUUUUUUGUUAGUGAUUAAUGCCGUGAUUCUUCCACUGUCAUUUAUUUAAUCGCCUCCUCAUCCAUGUCGACUUUUAACGUGUUUCGUACGUGUCCGUGUAGCUAACAACUCGUCCUGGGUAUCUAUGCGUCUCCUCUUCUGCAUAGGCCCUGCGAGGAUAUCCAUUUUUUGUGUUUACUUUCGUAGUCGAUUAAAGAACAAAAUACCGUAGCUAGAACAUUAUAAAAGAAAUGGAAACACAAACAAAACUCAUCUUAUAUCUACAACAAGAAGCAAAAAAAUCGGAAGAAGCUAAGAUGCUUCUUCGUACUAAUUCAACUUGACACAACACAACGUAAAAUGAAAACAACAGAAUCAAGACGCAAACUCUAGUGACGAUGGAAAUAAGUACGUGGAUGAAAAUAAUCUGUACAUAGUAAACUUAUAGGACGAAAGUGACAAUUAUCCAUUGCAAUACUAUAAACAUAGAUUGCUGAAGGAAACAGGCGGAGAAGGUAGGGCAAAUAACCAAUACUUUCGAAUACAUUGUUUGCGCUUCCUGAGAAACACUGAGAAAUCAUUGUUGUUAGAGCAAGGCGCACAUGAUAUCUACUAACGUACGCAUUAGAAAACAACCUACGCAUAAACUCUCAAACACUAGUUAACAAAUUUCUAUCGAACCAAACACACACACGCACGCACCGAUUGUCCAGUCGUAAUGUGGUGUGUUGAAUGUUCUACAAGGUUCAAACCGUCGUGGUUACUUUGUCCUCACACACGAACGUACUUUGGAUAGUCUUUAGGGUCUUGAUGAUAUUUCUUAAACUAACCGCCGUCCCUUUCGUUGACAAGGUUGAACCCAGGUUUAUUUUUGCAAACAGUACAAGCAAACGUUAUUCAACCGAUGUCAUUCAAGGAAAACGUAUACGCACAGCAGCAAAAGUUACUCACGAGACACAAAAGCAACAGUACCAUUACCGAUUAGUGACUCCACUCUUCCAAACUAGCUUCGCAACUAAGUUCACAGCCAAACGGUUGACGUUGAAACUGUGCUCCAAGCAAUAGUACAACAUGUUUACAUGUCUUAUGAUACGAUGUUCGAUGUAGUAAGAGACUAUUCUCUAUCUUUGUUUUACAAAUUCCUUAAAUUAAACAGUUUUUUUUAAAUGACAGCA